AUGGUUGCCAAUAGUUACAUUACCAACCACAGUUUUAGACAGUCUGAGAUUGUACCCCUGUUAGUCACCGGAUUUACUGGUACUCUCAGGUAUUGGUGGGAUGAACACUUAACUCCUGAGUCUAAAAACUUGAUCAUUCAUGCUGUAAAACUUAAUAAAGACGGUCUCCCUAUAUUUAACGAACAAAUAGGUCAAGGUAUAGAAGACGGAGUCAAUACUUUGUUUUACACAAUAAUUGAGCAUUUCAUUGGAACCCCUAGUAAUACCACUGCUAGGAUACAUGAUCAGUUGAGCAAUCUUAGAUGCCCUAAGUUGUCUGAUUUCAGAUGGUACAAAGAUGUCUUCAUUUCUAGAGUCAUGCUUAGAGAUGAUAGUAAUCAGCCUUUUUGGAAAGAAAAAUUUGUUAAUGGCCUUCCAAAUCUGUUUGCCCAUAAGAUACGAACAACUCUGAGUAAUGAACAAGGUCAUAUAGAUUGGGAUAGUUUGACGUAUGGAAAUAUUAUAAGUACAAUCAACCAAGUUGGAAUGAAAAUGUGUAUUGACUUUAAAAUUGGUAAACAAAUACAGUCUGAUAGGAAAUCAGCUAAAUAUGAGUUGGGGAAUUUCUGCGAACAGUAUGGUCUUGCCAGUAUCCCUCCUUCCAGAAAAAAUAAGCCUAGCUAUCUUCGAAAAAAACCGUCAUUAUUCCCGUAG